AUGGACGAUAUAAAAUAUAUUAAUAAAUUAAAAGAUAUUAACACAUUUGGAACAAACAUGUUAUCAAAAGAUUUGGAUAGAAUAAUCUUAAGCAAACACUUGGAAGAAGAGUACGAUCAAAACGAAUUAUCGUAUUACACGACUAGAAAACUCACUUUGGAUUCUAAUGGAAAACCAUUAAUUGAUGUAGAAAACAAAAGCAUCGAAGAAAUCUGGACAAAUUAUAAGAACCUUAGUAUUAAACGAUUAUUGGCACUAACAAUCUAUGAUUUCAAUCAAUUACUCGCCUCCUUUCUAAAGUAUUUGCCUCAAAAUCCUGAUCUUUACACAAAAAUAAAUUCUAUAAUUUAUGAAAUGGAGGAACUACCAAAUGUUGAAUUGGAUGUGUCAACUUACAAUAUCUUGAUGACAUCUUGUGUGAGGAUAGGUGACUUGACUACUCUGUAUGAAUAUUUUCAAGCUUUUUUCAAUGAUGAUGUCAAGCCAAAUACCAUAAGCUACAAUAUUCUAAUAUCUGGGUAUAUUAACACGGAACAAAAAAGUAAUCGUAGUUUAUUUUUACGCAGUGCAUUUUAUUUUUUUGAUAAUAUGGUGAGUCAAGGUGUCGAGAGGAACAACAAAACGUACACGCUACUAAUCAAAGCAUGCGGUGAAAUGUAUGACUAUCCAAAGGCUUUAGGUUUGUUUAACAAGUUGAUAGAAGAUGGAAUAGAACCUGAUACUAUAGUGUGCAAUGCAUUAUUAUCGGUUAUUUCAAAAACUCAUAGAGAUCCUUCAAAGGCAAUUGAGUUAUUUAAUGAAAUGAAAUCCAGAAAACUACAACCAACAAUCAUAACAUAUAAUAUUAUUAUAGGAUUUAUGAAAAAAAUAGGAGAGGAACAAUUGGCACUGGAAUAUUUUGAGCUGAUGAAAAAAGAUGGUAUUCUACCUGAUGCCAAGAUACUAGAAUCUAUUGGUAUUGUAGGUAUAAAGGCGAUUAGAAUGUUGCGAGAUGAAUUCAAUACAAUGCCAAAGUUGAUUGAUUAUAAUUUAAUGUUGUAUUCCGAAUUGCAAGAAUCAGAUUAUGAAGAUGCAUUAGAGGUUUAUAGACACAUGCAAAAGCACAACGUAAAGCCUAAUUUGACAACUUAUGCAAUAAUAAUAGAUGAUCAUGUAAAAGGUGAGAAACCUGAUAAUGCGUUAGACAUAUUCAAUGUUAUGUUAAAAGAGAACUUGAAAAUAGAUUUUGGAAUUUAUAAAGCAUUAAUAAAUGCAUAUUUGAACAAUCGUGAUUUGGAUAAGGUUUUUUACUUGAUAGAUUUGUUGAAAAAAAAAUCAAAUAUAAGAUUGACGCUUGGAUCGCUUGAAUCAAUAUUGAAAACAGCAGCCAGGCUACCAGAUCCAUCGAUUAUUGAAAAGGUUUUUAAAUAUUUAAAAGAAUCAAAAAUAAUAGCAGAAAAUCAGAACCAUAGAAAUUUAUAUAAUAUUUUAUUAAAUAAAUUAGCAAGUUCGUCAUCAAUAGAAAUCUUAGAAAAUUAUUUGGAUGAAAUGGAAAAUGACAAGAUACCUAUAGUAUAUCCAACAUUUUCCAGUAUAAUUAAAGGAUGUGGUUUAGCAAAAAAAUUUAACGAAAUGGAAUGUUGGUAUCAAAGAAUGAUUUUAAAAUACAAGUUAAAGCCAAACUCUCAAAUAUUAUCAGUAAUAAUAAAUACUUUUAUAGAUGAUAAUAAUUUAAAUUUAAGUAUAGUAUAUUUUAGAGAAUUUUUCAAGUAUGAUGUUAGAAUUAAUGAAGAUGAUGUGAUCAGACUGUUAAAUCUAUUUAGAAAAUUUGGUUCAAACACACGACGCAAUAUAGUGUUAAAUAUAUUAGAACAGAAUGGAUAUGAAGAUUAUAUAACCAAUUAUAACAAUAGAGUACAAUUGAUCAAAAAUAAGCUAGAGACAUUUAGAUGGUUAGAGGAUCAUAAAAAAGGUAGGUUGAUGGUUGAAAGAAUCAUACAUCAAAAAAAUGCUGUUUUUAGGCAUAAUAAUGCUUUAAGAAAAUUAGAGGGCAAUGCAGCUAAUAGACUAAGACUUUGGCAACCUUUUAACUAUUAG